GCUGCGUUGCAUGCUGGGGCGGCGCCGCCAUUAUAGCAGGAUCGCCCUCCUCUAGUGUUAACACUGAUACUUUGUUUUGAUUGUGUAAAGCGUUGAAAUCUUGAUGGAGAAGGAAGUAUAUGGAGAAGCGAAAAGAAAAGGAAAGUGGGCCCUACCGGGACAAACUAAAUGUCAACGCCAAGCAACGGUAUUUCGAAAAAUUAAAGACAAUUAACGACGUAGAUCCAUACGAGUUGCCAGCCCCAGAAUGGAUUUCAGAUCCCGAAGCACUACCUCCACUGACAUAUCCGGACAUCGUGAACUACCUCGUAUUUGGUCUGAGUGCAUACACCAUUACUCAGUUCAAAUGCUACAAAUCCCUAGAUGCUUACGAACAAUUCUGCAGUGGCUGGGUGCAAGAUCUGCUAAGCCACAGGCCUGCAAACUGUGAUUUCACAGUCGUACUUGCAAAGGUAAUGCACUCACAGCGCCUUAGUGAGGCACCUCUGAAGGCUUGGGUUAUCAUCAGCUCCACUGGUGAAGUUUCCUCAGCCCAUUGUACAUGCAUGGCGGGUGUUGCAGAGACAUGCACUCACGUUGGGGCCCUGCUUUUCAAAGUGGAAGCAACUGUUAGGUGCAGGGAAAUGAGAACUGUCACUGACAAACCUGCAUAUUGGAUCUUACCAAGUAAUGUAAACAAAGUACAUUCUGAGGUAGGCCACCAGAUAGACUAUACUUCUGCUUCUGCCACACGAAAAUCACUAAACGGUCUUCUUAAUGCUGAGACUGUUAGCAGGCCUGGUUUGAGGACUUGUGCCAGGAAGCUCACUACACCACCACCAACACACUCAGAGUUAACACAAUUCUAUGCAGAUCUUCAUAAAGCUGAUGGCAAAUCUGCUAUACUGAGUGUGCUGCCACAAUAUUGCGAAGAGUUCAAGGAUCCUGUGCAGCCUGUCACAAAUGUUCAAUCCCUUCUCUGUCUACGUGACACUAGUCUUGACGAAUGUGAUUUCACAAUUGUGAUUUGA